AUGAAGUCAGUUAGCCAGACUGAUGUGAUAAGGUUUGUGAAGCGCAAGAUAAUACACCAUUUCGGUCUGCUUGAGACCCUUCCUUGCAAUAAUGGGUUAGUCUUCUCUGGGGGAGAAGUAUCUCAAUUUUCUCAGGAGUAUAGUAUGACCAUCACCUUCUCGACUCCUUAUUAUGUGCAAGGCAACGAUCAGGCCGAGGCAAGCAACAAGGUUAUUAAGGCGAAUUUAUCCAAGGUCAUUAAUGAUAAUCUAAGGUCUUGGGCAGAGAUGUUGUCAAAGGUUCUUUGGGCUUUUAGGACCUCAAAGAGGAUAGCAAUAGGGACUACCCCCUAUGCGCUAACUUUUGGUCAUGAUGCCAUUUUGCCUAUGGAAUUGACCAUAAAAUUUCUACGGGUGGCAAGGCAAUACAAGAUGAUCCCCAAUCAAUAUGAGGAUUCCAUAAUGGCUGAACUUUAUUUAAAGGAAGAGCGUUUGUUGGCCCUCAACCGGGUUCAGGCUCAAAAGGUCAAAGUGGCUAAGGCCUAUGACAAGAAGGUCAGGUCUAAGGCAUUCGCUGAGUCAAACCUGGUAUUGAAAGCCAUAUUACCUAUCGGAUGCAAGGAUCCAAGAUUUGGGAAAUGGUCGCCCACCUGGGAAGGGCCAUUUGUUGUGCAUCAGGUCUUGAAGGGUAGGGCGUAUCAUUUGAGAACAGUGGAUGGCCAAGUGCAAUUAAGGCCAUUGAACGGCAAGUACUUAAAAAGGGGGCACGCUAUUGACCAUCAGGUGCAGGAGUUCCAUGUAGCUUUGAGCCAUGAUGUGUUGUUCGAGGCUGGAGCUUGGAUUGGGUAUGAUGGUUUAGAGAGCGUCGAUCAUGGUUUUGGCCUUAUUCUGGGCAAGGAUUUGCUCAACUGA